UUUGAACGCUAACAUAUAACCUCGUUGUCUAAUCUUAAGAAUAAAAUAAUUAUUCAUCGGUCAUUAAGGCAACAGAUGCCAUGUUCACUCUUGGUUUACUUGAAAAAAUAUGCACAAGCAACAUGGAGAGGGAGAUGGAACGAGUGCCCUUGAAGGAAAAUUGAAACUGAAGAAAGAGAGGAACUGAUAAAGCUCACCUGGAAGUAUUACAAACUCGAAGAAGAUAUAUAUACUGCUAAAAAGGAAAGGGAAAAUAAGAUAUCAUUUCCCAAGAAUUUAAUUUCAUGUGCCCCGGCAAGAAGUCUUGCAGAGGCCAAGAAAACCAGCAUCUUGUCUGAGUUAAUAAAAGUUAGCAUUUGAGAAGUCAUUGCUUUAAUUAUAGCAAGAUGGCGGACAACUUCAGAAUGUUAUUUAUUUGGUUGUUCUUACUAUUAUCCUACUUGAGAAACUCAACUUCAUUGGACAGUUUAUUACCCGGUCAGUCUAUCCGAGAUGGGGAGACAUUAGUUUCAGAAGAAGAAACAUUUGAAGUUGGUUUCUUUAGCCCUGGAACUUCAACAGGACGAUACUUGGGUAUAUGGUACAGGAAUGUAUCUCCUUUAAUAGUGGUAUGGGUGGCUAACAGAGAAACACCACUUCAAAAUAAGUCAGGAGUUUUAAAACUGGAUGAAAGAGGAGUUCUUGUAAUUCUAAAUGGCACCAACAGCACAAUUUGGUGGUCCUACAACACAUCAAGCAAAGUAAUAAAGAAUCCAAUUGCACAGCUCUUGGACUCUGGAAAUAUUGUGGUUAGAAAUGAACACGAUAUAAACGAGGACAACUUUUUGUGGCAGAGUUUCGAUUAUCCGUGUGAUAAAUUAUUGCCAGGAAUGAAAAUUGGAUGGAACUUAGUAACUGGUCUAGAUAGAACUAUAUCGUCUUGGAAAAAGGAAGAUGAUCCUGCUAAGGGAGAGUAUUCUUUAAAACUUGAUCUUAAAGGAUUUCCACAACUUUUUGGAUACAAGGGGAAUGCAAUAAGAUUUAGAGUAGGCUCAUGGAAUGGACAGGCUUUGGUUGGUUAUCCAAUUCGUCCACUCACAGAAUAUGUACAUGAAUUAGUUUUUAAUGAAAAGGAAGUGUAUUAUGAAUAUAAAACCCUUGAUAGAUCGAUUUUCUUCAUAGUUACAUUGAACUCUUCAGGGAUUGGGAAUGUUCUUCUAUGGACUAAUCAAACAAGAGGGAUACAAGUUUUUUCACUUUGGUCAGAUCUGUGUGAAAACUAUGCUAUGUGUGGUGCAAAUUCUAUAUGCAGUAUGGAUGGUAACUCUCAGACAUGUGAUUGCAUCAAGGGGUAUGUUCCAAAGUUCCCUGAACAAUGGAAUGUAUCAAAAUGGUACAAUGGCUGUGUUCCAAGGACUACACCUGAUUGUAGAAACAGCAACACAGAUGGCUUCUUGAGGUACACAGACUUGAAAUUGCCAGACACAUCUUCAUCAUGGUUCAAUACGACCAUAAACCUUGAGGAAUGUAAGAAGUAUUGUCUGAAAAACUGUUCUUGUAAAGCAUAUGCAAAUUUGGAUAUUCGAAAUGGAGGAAGCGGCUGUUUACUCUGGUUUGAUGACCUGAUUGAUAUGAGAAAAUUCUCUAUAGGGGGACAAGACAUUUAUUUCAGAAUCCAGGCAUCAUCAGUGCUAGAUCACGUUCCCGUCAAUGGCCAUGGGAAAAACAAAAGGAUGAUAGGAAUCACAGUUGGUGCAAAUAUACUUGGAUUAACUGCAUGCGUUUGCAUAAUAAUGAUACUCAAAAAGCUAGGGGUAGCAAGAAUAAUUUAUAGGAACCAUUUCAAACGAAAAUUGAGAAAAGAAGGCAUUGAUUUGUCAACAUUUGAUUUCCCAAUCAUAGCAAGAGCCACUGAAAACUUUGCCACGAGUAACAAAUUGGGAGAAGGUGGAUUUGGACCUGUGUACAAGGGAAGACUGAAGGAUGGGCAAGAGUUUGCUGUGAAAAGGCUUUCAAAGAAGUCAGGACAAGGGCUGGAGGAGUUCGAAAAUGAAGUUGUGUUGAUUGCAAAACUUCAACAUCGUAAUCUUGUCAAGCUCAUAGGUUGCUGCAUUGAAGGCAAUGAAAGAAUGUUGAUUUAUGAAUAUAUGCCAAACAAAAGUUUGGACUGCUUUAUUUUUGAUGAAACCAGAAGACAUUUGGUGGAUUGGCCUAUACGAUUCAACAUUAUCUGUGGCAUUGCUCGAGGAGUUCUUUAUCUUCAUCAAGACUCUAGACUGAGGAUUAUACAUAGAGAUUUGAAAACCAGCAAUAUUUUACUAGAUGCAAAUAUGGAUCCUAAAAUAUCAGACUUCGGCUUAGCACGAACAUUCUGCGGAGAUCAAGUUGGGGCAAACACAAAUAAGGUGGCUGGAACUUAUGGUUACAUGCCUCCUGAGUAUGCUACUCGUGGGCAUUUCUCAAUGAAAUCAGAUGUUUUUAGUUAUGGUGUGAUAGUGCUAGAGAUUGUAAGUGGCAAGAGGAAUAGAGAAUUUUCAGACCCAACACACUCCCUUAAUCUUCUUGGACAUGCAUGGAGAUUGUGGACUGAAGAGAGGGCACUGGAACUACUGGAUGGAGUGUUAAGGGAAAGAUUCAUAGCUUCUGAAGUCAUACGAUGCAUACAGGUGGGCCUGUUAUGCGUGCAACAAACACCAGAAGAUAGGCCAGACAUGUCACCAGUGGUUCUAAUGUUGAAUGGUGAGAAAUUAUUGCCCAACCCAAAGGUUCCUGGGUUUUACACAGAAGGAGAUGUUCACCUGAAUCAGUCUAAACUUAAGAACCCCUUCUCAAGUAAUCAAAUUUCAAUCACGAUGUUAGAAGCUAGAUAGGAUAUGAUUGAAAAAAGAAAAAAAAAACGACAAGGUUUUCCUUCCAUUAAUCCAGGAUAAAUGAUAUUUGUUGUUAUUAGCUCAUGUUUUCAUCUCUGUUUCAUUUAUCCAGACACAUACAAGUUCAAAUACUUUCAUGCAAACAAGAAAUUUAAACGAAA